AAGUUUUAUCAGUUAAUCAAGUUUCAAUUCUCCUCUAUUUUGAGUGAGUUUCUUGAGAGUGGAUCCUCUCAAUUUAUCUCUGUAUCUUAGGUAGGAAUGUGGAGAUUUUUCCAUCACAAGACGAGCAAGAGAGAUGGGGUUCUUCACGGUGGUUACACUGGAUAUGACGCUGCACCUUCUCUUGUUCCUGUCCAUAAUGCUUGUCUCCAUCUCCAAUGUUCCUUUGGCCGUGAGUGCAGAUCCAUGGCUGGAAUUGAACAAAGGAUCCGUUUCCAGUUCUGUCACCUGCAUAACCAAACCACGUAAAACAAUUGCUAAAUUCUUAAAGGCGAAAGUAUUUUGCAUAUUUUUUGGUAAAAAACUACCACAUCUGUUAUUUUUAAGGAAAAAAGUAGGAAUUAAGUACUUGUCUUUUGAGAAGAAAAAGCAGGGGACGACAAAAAUAGAGACAGAGACGAAGACAUUAACGUACAAUGAGUUCAACAAUAUCAAUGGCAAGGAGAUUAGAAUGGAGAGCAGAGAUGCCGAUUUCGAGGCAGUGGGUGAGGAGUUUCUUGGCUUCCCCUUGUCUAUGUGCAGGGAGAUUGCGGUCCACACCAGUAACAUUUGGCUUUGGGCUUGUUACUGAAGUUGCAAAAGGAUUGUCUUAGAAGUGUUUGGAAAAAUGCCUCAAUUAACGACGUUAAUAUCAAAUUCACUUUUAUUAUAUUAAUCCAAAUAAUAAAUUUGAAAAUACAUA